GAGAUCUCUAGAUCAAAAACUCACACCCAAACUUAUCAAUUGUUUGAACAACAAAACUAAAGAAUUGGCCCCUAAGUUUUAUCCUUGAAAGAUUACGAAGGCCCCCGAGGACACCAAGACGUCCGGAUCAUUGAUGGCUGUAUCCCUGGCAACCCUGUUUGACUGGCAUCGAUCUGUUCCAUCCAGAGCUCUGAGAGACCGAGACCGAGACCGUGAGCGAGGGAGCAAAAACUCCAAAGAAGACCAGGAGAAAGAGAGAGAGAGGACGACUGAGGAGAGAAGCGAAGAAGCACUCAAGGAAGGAGGAGAAUUAUUGACUCUGGAUGUGAGACAACUAGCUCCAUUCAAGAUCUGUAAUCGGGCACAGUUGUGAAGAGUGAUCUCAAUUGUCGUGUUGAUCGGCCUAUGAGCCUUUAAAUUUCAUGUGUUGUGAGUGCCCUAUGUGAAAGACCGGAUUGAUCCCACUCCAGUUGGAUGUUUCCGACCCAAAGGACCCCCAAGAAGCCUCUUCGAGACGGAAAGAAUGGAUAAUUGAAGUCGAAGUUUACCAGUGUUGCCAACAUGUCUUUGCUCAGUGGCCACAGUCAGACCCAAAAUGCGUAUGAGCCCACGUUAUGGGCUAAUCUGUUCCACAGUGCUCCCCACGUGAAUAUCACGUUUCAUCCCGUUGAUUCGCGUUUCAACCCGGAGAGUGACUUGUACCUCGAGGCUUUGGGUAUUUUGGCCUCCAUUCCGGCGGCAUGGCUCAUUACAACCCUAGUCAUUUUGCUCAUCUAUCUGUGCACGCGAUGCUGUGACACGAAGAACACCAAGAAACGACGAUCUCGACCCAUCCGAUGCUUCUUAUCGUUCUUGGCCUUGGCCACUUGCGCCACAUUGGCCCUGGGAAUCUGGGGAACCUUCGCCAUGAACGAAGGCAUGAUCAAAUUCCAGGCCUCCACCAUGAACAUCAAUAACAUUGUGGAACGGAGCCAAGAUAUGGCGGAAAAGUACAACCAUGUCUUCCAGAACGAGAUCGAGAAGAAUCUGAACCUGUUGUACGACGGUCCGUUCAGUCGUGAAAUCGUGCAGGAUCGCUCGGCUCAUUUAAUGAUCAUGGAUUCCUGUGAGAUUGUGUUCAACAACAUUUCCACGGGCUUGGAGGCCAUGGAUCAGUUGCGCUUCUCCAUCCAGGAACCCAAGGAUCGGAUGAGCUUCCAACAUGUGCCUCACUGGGCAGCUUCCUUUGAGAAAUAUCGAUUUCCUGGGUACUUUGGCAUCCAAGCUCUGUUUGGCCUCUUCUGUCUGCUCUUGUUUGUGGGCGCCAUUGUCCAUUCUCGUUGUGUUCUGAUCUUGUUCUCGGUCUGCGGUCUCUUCUCGAUCAUCAUGCUGUGGCUCUUUGCCUCCAUUUACACGGCCGUUACGGUGGCCUUGGCAGACUUCUGUAACGACCCGACCCCGUGGGUGCAGCAUGUGCUCAGCUCAAGUCUGGAUGAGGAAGUCACAUCCUACUAUUUGCAAUGCGCCGCAGGACAACCAAAUCCCUACGAGAGCUUCUUGUCGCGAUCUCAACGAGCUAUCUUGGACAUCGAUCAUAGAGUCCAAAUCAUUUCUGGAACCGCUAGGAAGUAUUACUCAGCCAUGGAGCUCUCUCCUCAUCUGGAUGAUUUGAAACAACACACCGAAGAUACCAAGCGAUUGAUGAGCGAUCUCAGCAUGUCACUCAGGUGUGACCCUAUUUUCAGAUCGUAUAACACGGCUUUAGUUGGGCUCUGUGACCGUGGACUGUUCGGAUUAAUACUCAUGCUAAUAUCGGCCUCGUUAUCUGGGGUCCUCUUCACCAUCCUGGUUUGGUGCAAUUCUCACACUUGGAUCUAUUUCAAACACAAGGGAAGAUACAUCAAGGUCGAUGAUCAGGAUCCCUACAUGCCUCUGUCAACCAUCGAACGGCCCCGGUUAACAGCCCCGCCCUCUGGAUUGGGUGGUCCUUCCUUGGGUUCGACCCCCGGCUACCGUAGGAAUAUGCACACUCCUCCACAAACACCAUCUUACCAUGGGACCUUGAAUGGGAGUAGCCAUGCCGGAACCAUUCGCUCCAAUAUGCCGACACAUCAGCCCAUGUCAGCCGGGGUACCCGCGGGUGGGUCCAUUGGCUAUAGUCACCUCAACCAUCUCAGCGGUCACCAUGCUGGCACGUUGGGCCAUUACGGGACCCACAGCGGCCAUCGAGCCAACACUGGCAUGAGCACAUUGGGUCGUAACACCCAGGUCACGCAAAGUCAUGGCGGGUAUCAAGGAUUGGAUAAUCUCCCAGCGACUAUGACUCUGGGGAGACGCGGUCACUACGCCAGUGGGCGUGCCUCUAAAAUCCAGGGAGGCGACAAUGAUGCGCCACUUUUAGGGCCAAAUAUGGGACAGUAUGCCACUCUGAGCAAGCAAUGUAAGACUUUGGAGUGUUCAGAUUUCUACUAGAUUGCUUUCGGCCCUGCCUCAUCCCUCUGUUGUUGUGGGCAGAAUGCCUCCAACAUCCAAAAGGAUGAUGCUGAUGAUGCUCGUCUGUCAGUUUCACCAAUCAAAACUACCCGAAUGUUGCGAGAAACCAAGAACAGACUUGUUCCCAAACGUCCUGAGACAUUCUCUCUGCCUACUAGAAAUGAUCUCAAAAAACGAAUUUUCAUUCCUGGCCUUUCCAAUUCCUGGAGAUUGUUUUUUCUUUCUUUCGUGCGUUAUUCAAGCUCUGUACAUACUCGGCGUUUACAGUUGAAAGGAAUGAUGAUGGUCAAUCUAGUCAGGUACAAUUACUUCCCAAUCGCCUCACUCCGACUCUAAAUUCACUUCCUGUCCCUUCCCCUCGCAUUCAUUCGAAGAAUUGGCCGAAUGUGUGACAUAUUUUUUCAACCCAUUUUGUAACUACGAGCGCAUCAUCCACUCUCAAAACCAUAGACGAAAUGAAGUAACACAACCAACACCAACAAGAACCCCAUACAUACUCGAGAAACCAUCGCACCCCUUCUAUUUGAAUCUCCGAAGGGGCAUGGCCAAGGAAAAUUUUAGUGUGUAAAUAUGUCCCGUAUCUCUUUCUCUCUCUCUUUCGUCUCAUCGCUCAGCAUCAAACCCCCGAACAAUUCUUGACCAUUCUGUCUACAAAGAUUGAAACGAGAACAGCUAAGAAUGUUGGUGAAAUUGUCAUGUUGAAAUUACGUAAAUUGAUUACGCCUCUUUUGAUCGAAAUAUAGAAGACGAAUUCAAACCGC